UACAUCCUGUCAGUUCUCUGUUCUGCCCUGCGUGGUAUUACAGUGAGCCCGUAUAUACGAAUGUUGCAUUUGCCAUUUAUUACUUAGCUAAUUAAAAAUGCAUAGUAUACAAUCGGUGACUCAUUGUUAUAUUUAUCCUGAUACCAGAUUCAAAUUUACGUAACUCUUAACAGAAGUGACCAGAAGAGAAGAAAAUGGCUUCCAUUUCCAUGACCGAGAGGCAAUCAGCAAGCGCAAUGAGUUCAGAAUAUAAACCCAGAUCCAAGCUUCUGCAUGCUGACAUUAUCAAAGAUUGUAAACAAACCAGUCCAGGACCUCCAACAAAGUAUCUUCUAAUGACAGAGAAAGAGAUUCUGCACGACAGUGAAAAUAUCAGGCGAUGGACUUUUGGUAAAAAGGACCCGAGCAAAAUGAACCGAACGAUAUUGAUGAUGGGAGAAACAGGAGCAGGAAAAUCAACCCUCAUCAAUGUGAUGGUGAACUACAUCCUUGGCGUUGGUUGGGAGGAUAAAUACAGAUUUGAAAUCAUUGCUGAUGAGAGUCAAAGUCAAACUAGGUCACAAACAACUGCCAUCACUGUGUAUGAGAUCUUUGGUCACGAAGGUGAUCACAUUCCAUUUUCUUUAACCAUCAUUGAUACUCCAGGAUUUGGUGACACGAGCGGAAUAGAGCAAGACAAACUCAUCACAAAAAAUCUACAGGAGCUGUUUCAAUCUCCAAAAGGAGUCCACCACAUUGAUGCAGUGUGCUUUGUUGUAAAAGCUGCACAAGUGCGCCUCACACCUACACAGCGGUACAUUUUUGAUUCUGUCCUCUCAAUUUUUGGAAAGGACAUAGAAAAUAACAUUGUGGCACUCAGUACUUUUGCAGAUAGUGGGGAGCCUUUAGUCCUUCAAGCACUGGUAAUGGCAGAAGUUCCAUGUGUCAGAAAUGAACUUGGUACACCUGUUUACUUCAAAUUCAACAAUGUGUUUUCUGGUUUACAAAUGGAUGAAGAUGAUGAAGAACAUAACGAUGAAGAGGAUGAAGAGGAGGAGGAAAAUGAUGAGGUGUGUCAAUCAUCUUGGAAAAUGAGCAUGAAAAACAUGGCCAUGUUUUUUGAAUCACUAUGUACAAUGGAAGCAAAAAGCUUGGUAUUAACACGUCAAGUUUUAGAGAAACGCAAACAACUGGAAAUGGAAGUCCAGAUAUUAACAAAGCAGCUACAAGUUGCAAUGCAGCGGGUAGAAGCACUGAGGAGGGUCAGCGACCAAUUAGAACAACAUCAAGAGGACAUGGAAGCCAACAGAAACUUCUCCAUUCUUUUAGAUGUAAGUCUGAAGGAGAAAUGUGCCGUAAACAAGGAGGCAACAAAUUGUAAUUCUUGCAGGGAAACUUGCCAUCACCCUUGCACAGAAUAUGUUGGGUGUACACGCAUGCAGCAAGACAGAUGCACCGUCUGCAUCAAGAAUUGCAGCUGGAACGAUCAUUGUAAAGAGAAGUUUAUUUAUGUCUUUAAAACAGAAGAAGGUGAAUCAACGUACCUAGACCUAAAGAGAAAGUAUGAAGAAUUGGAAUGGCAAUCGCUGACAGCAAAGAUGUUCCUCAUCAUCUUUUUGAAGGAACUUCAGCUGCAACUCCUUGCCAGCUCCAUCUUAAAUCUUAAAAUACACAGCAUUGUUCAAAAACUGGAUCAGAUCGCUCUGAGACCAAAUCCAAUGAGCGCAGCCAAAUACCUUGACCUCCUGAUUGAAAAAGCGCAAAGGAAUCACAACCCCGAGAGAGUCAAGACACUGACAGAUAUGAAAGAGCAAGAAAAGCUGAAGAAUAACUUCGCCAAUCUGGUUCAUGAAUAAGGGUGUAUCCUGUCAGUAACCACCACAGGAAGAGCUGAGAGUUGAGCCUGCAUAAUGAAUAAUUAUUAAGACAUGUUUAUAGUGCUAAUGUCAAACUAAAUGUGCCAUUACAUAGUUGGGCCAUCCAUUCAUUGGAUCCUCUGCUCAACGUACAGUUUAUGUAUAGUUAAACAAAAUGAUUAAUUUUCAUUACUCUUGUAAGUUUUCUGUAAUGUGUGAAAUAUUUUUGUGAGAUAAUCCAUUGAUACUUUUUCGAACAAAUAUAAUAUUUGUUCGAAAAAUCGACAUUGCGGUUUAGCAUGUGAAUGGAGAAGAAUCUCGUAGACAAGGCGUUAAUUUUGCCAAAUUUGUACUUUGCAUUCUACUUUCUUACAUAUCAGAUUUGAUUGGUGAGUUCAUAAAUGACCUUUUUGACGCAAAUGUCACACGACUUGAGGAGCAGAAGAUCUGUAACUAAAGUUUCAACCGCGAUGGCAGACGUGAAUGGAAAGGGUGUCGACUCCAGUCGGUAAUGGUAAUGGCUCCGACUCCAGUCUGGAAGUAGUCUUACCAGGACUCAUAUCACAGGAACAAAUCAUCUUUAUAAAGGACAGAUAUUCAUUUUUUAACAUUCGGACACAGUUUAACAUGAUUUAUUCUAAACAAUUCUCCAACUCCCCUGAGGUGGUAAUCUCCCUAGACGUCCAUUCGACAGAAUUGAAAGGGAGUACCUAUUUGCUGUUCUUAAAAAAAAUGGAUUUGGGGAAAAAUGUAGCUCAUGGAUCUGUUUCUUGUAUACAUUUCCCCAGGCCAGUGUCUGUACCAAUGACACCCGUUCGGAUUAUUUUGCUCUGGAACGUGGGACACACCAAGGUUGCCCACUGUCCCCUUUAUUAUUUGCCGUCGCCAUUAAGACCCUUUCAGUAGCUUUACGGACAUCUUCCUCUUUCCAAGGUGUAACACGGGAAGGAGUUGAACAUAGGUUAUCAUUAUAUGCAGAUGAUUUGUUACUCUAUGUAAAUAACCCUGUAACCUGUUUGCCUUCUAUCCUUUCUAUUCUGGAGAACUUCGCCUCCUUCUCCGGUUACAUCCUGAAUCUCCAGAAAAGUGAGUGCUUCCCAGUCAAUCCAGCAGCGCUGCAGCUCCAGCAGAUAGAUUUGCUCUUUCCGGUUAGCCACUCUGGUUUCAAAUACCUUGGAUUGAAAUUCAUUAUAUGCUCUUUUGUUCUGCAAACUUUCCUCCCCUUCUUGCGCAAAUGAAAACUGAUUUUCAGAGAUGGGGAAGCUUACCACGAUCACUUAUAGGAAGGAUUAAUGCUGUAAAAAUGAACAGUUUACCCAAAUUCUAUUUCAAUCUAUCCCAUUGUUUUUACCAAAGUGUUUUAUUUUAUUUUAAAGUCAAUCAAUCAGGCGGUUACCACAUUUAUCUGGGGAGGAAGGGUACCCAGAGUCAAUAGAUCUUUACUUCAGAGAUUCAAGUUUAGUGGAGGCCUGGCACUACCCAGCGUUUUAUACUAUUUCUGGUUACAUGCUCCAGAUACCUCAUGGUGCCACCUAAAGGCGCAUUCUUGUAUUUUUGCUUCUCUUCUUGCAUUACUCUGCUUUUCUCUACCAACAUCCCCCUCUCUCUAUACUUGCAAACCUGUAGUGCUUUCCACACUUAAGAUUUGGUACCAGUUUCAACUGUAUUUUAAAAUCUCCUCUGCAUCUACUAUUGACAGGAAUCACUUAUUCCCCGCUUCUCUAAUAGAUAAUGCUUUCUUUCACUGGACGAGGAAAGGUAAUAAAGUCCUUCCAAGACUUAUAUGUACAUUUAUUUUUUUCUAGUUUUCCCAACCUGGCCUCUAAAUACUUUUUGCCUCCAUCUCACUUUUUCUGUUACCUUCAAAUUAGGCAUUGUGUCUCCUCCCAAUUUUCUGGCUUCCCUGCUCCACCCCCUUGCUAAUCCUGGGAUGGUAUAUUGACUCUAUUACCUCGACAGAAAGCAGUCAUUUCUCAGAUCUAUCUGUGUAUUUUGUCAUUGGACAAACACUCCACCAACAAAACAAAAUUUGCUUGGCAAUGGGAAAUGGGUGUUGAAUUUACACAGGAGUGGUGGGACGAGGCUAUUGAUAGGGAAUGCUCCAUUGCAUCUUGAGCUCAUCUUGGUCUCAUACAAUGUAAGGUUUUACAUAGAGUGCAUUUUUUCAAAUCCAGAUUGUCUGAAAUAUAUCCAAAUGUAAAUGAUGAGUGUGAUAGAUGUCAUGUCUCACCAUAUGACCUUAGUCACAUGUUCAUUCAAUGCUUUAAACUACAAAAUUACUGGGAUUCAUUUUUAAAAACUUUAUCUGGGGUGCUUGAAAUGAACCUGCAGCAAUGUACCUUGAUAGCUGUUUUUGGUAUUCCAGGAGACUUGUUCUGGCGAUGUUGUUGCUUUUUACAUCCUUAUUAGCUCACCGUGGAAUUCUUCUCCAGUGGAAGUCUGCUCAGUCCCCCUCUACUUCUCAAUGGCUUAACGAUGUAAUGUUAUUCCUAAAGCUUUAGAAAGUAUUCUCUUAGGGGAUCCAAUGAUACAUUGGAACCCCUAAGAGAAACUCACUGGUCUUCAUGAUGUUACUAAAACUGAAACCAUGAACUCUAAACCCACUGGUCUUCAUGAUGUUACUAAUACUGAAACCAUGAACUCUAAACCCACUGGUCUUCAUGAUGUUACUAAUACUGAAACCAUGAACUCUAAACCCACUGGUCUUCAUGAUGUUACUAAUACUGAAGCUAUGUGUUCUAAAUCCACUGGUCUUCAUGAUGUUACUGAUACUGAAGCCAUGUGCUCUAAACCCACUGGUCUUCAUGAUGUUACUGAUACUGAAGACAUGUGCUCUAAACCCACUGGUCUUCAUGAUGUUACUGAUACUGAAGCCAUGUGCUCUAAACCCACUGGUCUUCAUGAUGUUACUAAUACUGAAGACAUGUGUUCUAAAUCCACUGGUCUUCAUGAUGUAACCCUGCCCAUGCAAAUAUUACGAUACCACAGCUCACAAUCUCCCAGCCUCAAACCCUCUGGGACUGGGGCAGCUUUGUGAGUCUGACUUGGGCUGACGAGGGCUGGGGAAACAGAAUUCACGCUGGACUUUGCAUAACGUUCAAGUUGGGGA